UUUAGUUUGCCAAACGUCAGAUCAAGAAGAAAAAGAGGAGGCGGACGUGUUGUGGAUCGUCAUUGUAGAAGUUGCCGAUGAAAAAUGUCUUCUGUUCGGUGUAUAGGGAAGUUUAUCAAUGAACGACAACCUGCUGUGGAGGAGGAAAUAUUCAAGACGGUCGUCAGGCACGAGGAAGACAUCGAUCGCGAGCGCAAACUGCUGGAAAUCACCUGCAAAUCCGAGAUAAUGCGACACAGAAAGGACCUUCCUCAGCAACAUGUUUACACCAAGGAAAUUUUCUCGGAUCAGCAGGAGAGGAAUUCCAGUCGGGACCAAACAGAAUCGAAGCCACAUAUUAAAGAAGAACUGGAGGAUCUAUGCAUCAGUCAGGACCUUGAGCCACAUGUACUGAAGCAGGAGUUCAACAUCAUCAUGGUAACACAUGAGAACAGUGAUCACAGCGAACCAGAACCUGAGAGCCAAGACCUGGAGGAAUCGGACAGAAUUCACAGUAACAAAGCAGAUGCCUCCUCCGUGUGUUAUUCUGACACAGAUCUCCCAAAGCAGUAUGUCUGCAAAAAGGAGGAGGUUCUUUCAGACCAUCAUCUCUGUAAAAAGGAAAAGAACCGCGGUUUGGAUCAGAAGAAACCACUGCCUCCAUGCAUUAAAGAAGAACAGGAUGAUUCCUGCAUUAGUCAUGAUCUUCAUCAGCCUGUACUGAAGCAGGAAUACAAUAUUGUUAUGGUGACAUAUGAAGGAAGUGACCACAGUGAACCUGAGUGUCAAGACCAGGAAGAACACAGCAGAAGUCCCAGUAGUGGUGCAGACAUGUCAGAGAGUCGAAGCAUUACUGAUACGAGUGAAAAGUCUCUAAAGUGUGGCUUUUGUGGAAAAGUUUAUAAGUCUAAGUCUAAACUAAAGGCACAUUAUAGAGUCCACACAGGUGAAAAACCAUAUUCUUGCAAAACAUGUGGGAAAAGAUUUUCCAGCUCCUCUGCUUUGUAUAAUCACAUAAACACGCACACAGGUGAGAGGCCGUACUUCUGUAAAACCUGUGGGAAAGCUUUCAGAGUGAAUGAAAAAUUACUGAUCCACAUGAGAACCCACACGGGUGAGAGGCCAUACUCUUGUAAAACAUGCGGGAAAAGUUUCACACAAAAUGGAAAUUUGACCGUUCACAUGAGAACCCACACAGGCGAGAGGCCAUAUCCUUGUGAAACAUGUGGAAAACGUUUCAGUAAUAAUGGCGAUUUGCUGCGUCACAUAUCGACCCACACUGGUGAGAGGCCGUAUUCUUGCAAAACAUGCGGGAAACGUUUCACUCAAAAUGGUAGUUUGACUGCUCACAUGAGAACCCACACAGGUGAGAGGCCGUACCUUUGUGAAACAUGUGGGAAACGUUUCUGUCACAACAGGGACUUACUGAUCCAUAUAACCACUCAACACGGAUAAGAAGCUCUAGUCCUGAAAUAUCUGUGGAAAAAAAUAUCAUGUCACCAAGACAUACAAAAAAGAAUAAAUCUAUGAGAUCAGAAUUGAAGCUUUGCAAAGCGUUUUUAGUUUUUCCUGCAACAGGGUACAUUUAUGAUAUCUCAGAGUUUAUAGAUGGUCAUCUAUUAUUGAUACUUGAGAAGAAAGGGAUCAAAUGCAGUUAGUAUUAAUAUCAAUUUCACAAAAAUAUCUUUUAUCAGCAAUCUGUGUCUCAAACCGCACACUUACAUGAGUGCACUGGAAGGUAGUGUGUAGUGCUGAUCCAAACUGAGCACUAACGUUUUAAACUUAACAGUAAUGAUGUACCAGCUCUUGACGGUGAUUCUUAAUUUACAGAAUGAAUUUACAACUCUUGAUUUUACUUUGUUUACUCCUUACUUAACCCCACCUGUAAACUUUGUCGCAUCCAGCACAGGAUCCUCCUCGGGCUGCACAUGAAUUAGAACUUAUGCUUAUUUAUUUUAAGGUAUAUGAUCCUCCUAC